AUGGGUAUUGCAUGUUGCCGUACAACAUACCUCUUCAUACAGCUGGUGGAGACUGAGCAGAGGAAAGGAUGCAGGUUUUCUCAUGAUUUCUACUCAAGCCACAAUUUCAGCGUUUUACAACCAUAUGGACUUGAGAGUUUUAACAGUGAUGAACUUCGCCAGCUUCUGCUUCAAAAUGACACUUCCCUCUUACCAGAGGUCUGCUUGUAUUAUAACAAAGGUGAUGGACAUUAUGGAUCUUGUACCUAUAAAAAGAUCUGCACCAAACUGCAUAUUUGCCAGUACUUUUUGCAGGGACAGUGCAGAUUUGGCAGCAGCUGCAAGCGGUCCCAUGACUUAUUAAACUCAGAAUGUUAUGAGAAACUGGAGAAACAGGGAAUGAGCUCAGACAUUAUUGGGAAACUGCCAUCCAUUUAUAGGAAUAUGUAUGACAUAAAAAAUGGCAACGGAAACAUGGAUGACAUAGAAAAUGCCAACAAGUCUUCACCAUGCAAAGAGAGAAAACACAGCUCUAACCAAGAGUCCUCAACUACAAAUGGUGAUGAAUUGGAACAGAUCUGUUUAUAUCAUCUGUACAGAAGUUGUGGUUUUAAAGACAAGUGUAUCAGAAGUCAUUUUCACUUGCCAUAUAGAUGGCAGAUCUUGGAGGGUGAUACCUGGAAGGACUUGAAGAAUAUGGAAGAAAUAGAAAAAGCAUAUUGUGAUCCAAAUAACACCAGAUUUAGUAACGGUGUUACAGAAAGUGGCUCUGUCUUGCCACAUAUCUGUUUUAAGAGAAUGUUGUGUGGAUUUGCAAAGGUGAGACGUCUUUCUACAGCCUCCUCUGUGACCAAGCCCCCUCAUUUCAUUCUUACAACAGAAUGGAUCUGGUACUGGAAAGAUGAAUGUGACCUGUGGCAGGAGUAUGGAAAACAAGAUGAUUAUCAUGCAGCUGCCACUGUCUCCAGCAAUGACCUGGAGAAAGCUUAUACAGCCAAAGCUUCUUCAAAGCUGAACUUCAAAGCUGGAAGACAUGAAUAUGAACUCAGUUUUGAAGACAUGUUUCAGAAGAACCUUCGCUACAGAACAGAGAGACCGAUUUGCAGGAGACCUAAAUUUGUCUCUAAGGCGGAGGUAGAAAAGUCAAGAGCAAGGGGCUUUAAAUACACAGAAGAGUUGAAGGGCAUUCCAGCUCAUUGGGACAAAUCUGCCCUGCCUGAUGUGGGAUACAAGCUGGUUGAGCUCGAUGGUUCUUCUGAAGAAUACAAGAAAGUUAAGGUGGACUUCCAACGCACAAUGCCCAAAACUGUUAUUAAAAGGAUUUGUAGAGUUCAGAACCCAUCUCUUUGGGAACUGUAUCAAUGGCAGAAGGAACAAAUGCAGAAGAGCAACGGUGGGAAGGCUGUGGAUGAGCGAUCUUUAUUUCAUGGGACCCGCAGAAAAUACAUUGAUGCCAUCUGUCAGCAAAACUUUGACUGGAGGAUCUGUGGUGUCCAUGGGACGGUCUAUGGCAGAGGAAGCUACUUUGCAAGGGAUGCCUCUUACUCUCACAACUACUGCAAGGACGACUUCAGCACCAAGACCAUGUUUCUGGCACGGGUGCUAGUGGGGGAUUUCACUCUCGGUAAAUCUUCUUAUUUUCGGCCCCCCUUGAAGGAUCAGCACGACUUCUAUGACAGUUGUGUGGAUAGCUCCUCUAACCCUUCUAUCUUUGUCAUCUUUGAGAAGCAGCAGGUUUAUCCAGAGUAUCUCAUAGACUACAGUGACUAG